UAAGUAGGUCGAGAACUAACCAUCAAGAGUUUUCUUGUUUUAUGAAAUUAUCUCAACUCUGGUCGGAGAUGACCCUUUUAAAUCGAAAAAGCCAGAGGUUACCAAUCCUACAGCACAUAGUUAGUCAAUAAUUCGAUAUCAAUUCUCAAAUAAGUCAUUGUAGAGCUCAGCUCAAGAAACAAUCCAAUAACUCUAACAAAUGGGGAAGAUAUAUUCAAUCGUCAAAUGAAGAUCAAGAGCCAGAGAAGACUCUAGAGAAGCCCAAACAAUUCUCAUGUAUGCUGAAGUAAACCACUUGCAGAAGCUUCUGUUUGAGAGAGGAGGAAAGAACAGAUUUACCUUCUUCUAUUUUGGCAUGUGCUACAAUCAUAAUCAGUAUAAAAAGGUGGUAUCCCUCAAGCCCAGAUUCCACCACCUUGAUUUCUUAAGCUUUGAUGGUACCCAAGGACACAAUGAGAAAGGUUUCAGACCUAAGCAUUGAUGUAGCAAUGCAGUCAACAGCAUUAGUGUUACAGAAGUUAAUACAUUUUCUUUCUGUGGAGCUGAAUAUAUUUUAAUGAACUUUAGCUUUUAUUCCAAAAGGGUUUGCAAAGCCAUGAGUGCCACUUUAUCCUCAAUUGAGCUAAACAGACUCAGGAUAUCUCAUAAAGAUUUUGGACGCAUCCUUGUCUCGGUGGCUAGCAAAUGAGAACUGUCGAUCAGCCAGUGUAAGGCCACAGUGAACCACUUGGAUCACCUCAAUAAUGCCAGAGUAGCUAUCUCUCAUUUGGUAUUGUUUAAGACUGAGAUUACUCAGCCUGAAGAAGACAAUGAGCAUUAUGAUGGCUUGACCACCAAAAUGUCAAAAUCUAAGCUCAAUUCUACACUGAGACAACUGGAUGUCUACCCAGUCGACUAUGACUUCCGAGGCCAUGAAAACCCAGAGGGAAAUGAACUCAUGAAAGGGAAUAUUAAAAUUAAGCUAUACCCUUCUGAAAGCUUAGAUUAAGCAUAUCUAUAGGUGAGUUUC